AUGUUAUAUAAACCUAAUUUUGCUGAGAAGAUCUCAACACUGGUGAGAACAGCCAACUUAAACAUUGAAUCAUACUGGCCUAGUCUUUUUGCUAAGCUUUGCCAUAACAGAAACAUCGAUGAUCUCGUCAUGAACGCUGGUCCUGGUGGCUCUUCUGCUGCUACCAUGGCCGUAUCUUUCUCUUCCCCUGCAGCUGGAGGAGCCACUCAAGCAGCACCAGCAGCUGAGCAGAAGAAGAAGGAGGAGGUCAAGGAAGAGAGUGAGGAUGAUUUAGUAUUCGUCUUAUUUGACUAG